CGCGACGGCUCGCGAGCUCGGAUGUAUGCUGCGGAGGAGUGACACGUGCUGACUACAAAAAAUAAAUAAAAAUAAAUAAAUAUAUAUAUAUAUAAUAACAGGCACAUCCAGGAGCUUUAUUUUUUUAUCUUUGUUUUUUGUUUAGUUUUUUUUAACUGUAUAUAAAUUUAAGGUGGAGUUUCGUUGCUCUUUUUUUUUUUACUUGAACUGGGAAGAAUUAACCCCGCAUUUGGGCAACCAUGGGACGAGGAGAAGGACGAGAGCAGUAUGAGCUCGCUGCGACCUCGGAGCAGGGCGGCAAGAAGAAGGGCAAGGGUAAGAAGAAAGAAAAGGAUAUGGAUGAACUAAAGAAGGAAGUGGACAUGGAUGAUCACAAGCUAACCCUGGAUGAGCUCAACCGCAAAUACGGAACGGACCUCACCAAUGGGUUGACCAGUGAGAAGGCUGCUGAGAUCCUGGCCCGUGAUGGACCCAACGCCCUCACUCCCCCUCCAACCACCCCAGAGUGGGUCAAAUUCUGCAAACAGAUGUUUGGUGGUUUCUCCAUGCUUCUGUGGACUGGUGCCAUCCUCUGUUUCCUGGCCUAUAGUAUCCAGGCUGCAAUGGAGGAGGAACCUGCGAAUGAUAAUUUAUACCUGGGUGUUGUGCUUUCUGCUGUCGUCAUCAUCACUGGUUGCUUCUCCUACUACCAAGAAGCCAAGAGCUCCAAGAUCAUGGACUCCUUCAAGAACCUGGUCCCACAGCAAGCCCUGGUUGUUCGUGGCGGUGAGAAGAAGAGCAUCAACGCUGAGGAGGUGGUGGUUGGUGAUUUAGUGGAGGUGAAAGGUGGUGACAGGAUCCCUGCCGACCUGAGAAUCAUCUCCGCCCACGGCUGCAAGGUGGACAAUUCAUCUCUGACUGGUGAAUCAGAGCCCCAGACUCGUACUCCUGAUUUCUCCAACGAGAACCCACUGGAGACGAGGAACAUCGCUUUCUUCUCGACCAACUGUGUUGAAGGAACUGCCCGUGGUAUCGUGAUCAGCACCGGAGAUCGUACCGUCAUGGGUCGUAUCGCCACGCUAGCUUCUGGACUUGAAGUUGGACGCACCCCGAUCUCAAUCGAGAUUGAGCACUUCAUCCACAUCAUCACUGGCGUGGCAGUCUUCCUCGGCGUGUCCUUUUUCAUCCUCUCCCUUAUCCUUGGAUACACCUGGCUCGAGGCCGUCAUCUUCCUCAUUGGCAUCAUCGUCGCCAACGUGCCAGAAGGUCUCCUCGCUACUGUCACUGUGUGUCUGACCCUGACUGCUAAGCGUAUGGCCAAGAAGAACUGCCUGGUAAAGAACUUGGAAGCUGUCGAGACUCUGGGCUCCACCUCCACCAUCUGCUCCGACAAGACCGGCACCCUGACCCAGAACAGAAUGACCGUGGCCCACAUGUGGUUUGACAACCAGAUCCAUGAGGCUGACACCACUGAGAACCAGAGCGGUACCUCUUUUGACAGGAGCUCUGCCACCUGGGCCUCUCUGGCUAGAAUCGCUGGACUCUGCAACCGCGCCGUCUUCCUGGCCGAGCAGAGCAACCUUCCCAUUCUAAAGAGAGAUGUGGCUGGUGAUGCCUCUGAGUCAGCUCUGCUGAAGUGCAUUGAGCUCUGCUGUGGUUCAGUCCAAGAAAUGAGGGAGAAAACCCCAAAAAUUGCUGAGAUCCCUUUCAACUCCACUAACAAGUACCAGCUUUCCAUCCACAAGAAUUCCAGCGAAGGAGAGUCCAAGCACCUGCUGGUCAUGAAAGGAGCUCCAGAGAGAAUUCUGGACCGCUGCUCCACCAUCAUGAUGCAGGGCAAAGAGCAGCCUCUGGAUGACGAGAUGAAAGACUCUUUCCAGAAUGCGUACCUCGAGCUGGGAGGUCUGGGAGAGAGAGUGCUGGGUUUCUGCCAUUAUCACCUGCCUGAUGAGCAGUUCCCAGAGGACUUUGCUUUUGAUACCGACGAGGUGAACUUCCCCACUGAGAACUUGUGCUUCAUCGGCCUCAUGUCCAUGAUUGACCCUCCUCGUGCUGCUGUGCCUGAUGCCGUGGGUAAAUGCAGGAGUGCUGGAAUCAAGGUGAUUAUGGUAACAGGUGAUCAUCCAAUCACAGCCAAGGCCAUCGCUAAAGGUGUGGGUAUCAUCUCUGAGGGCAACGAGACUGUUGAAGACAUUGCUGCACGUUUGAACAUCCCGAUCAACGAAGUCAAUCCAAGAGAUGCCAAGGCCUGCGUCGUUCACGGUGGCGACCUGAAGGAUCUGAGCCCAGAGCAGCUCGACGACAUCUUGAAGUACCACACGGAGAUCGUCUUCGCCAGAACCUCGCCGCAACAGAAGCUGAUCAUUGUGGAGGGCUGCCAGAGACAGGGAGCCAUUGUGGCCGUGACAGGUGAUGGUGUGAACGACUCCCCAGCUCUGAAAAAAGCUGACAUUGGCGUCGCCAUGGGCAUCGCCGGGUCCGACGUCUCCAAGCAGGCCGCCGACAUGAUCCUGCUGGACGAUAACUUUGCCUCCAUUGUCACUGGAGUGGAAGAAGGCCGUCUGAUCUUUGACAACUUGAAGAAGUCCAUUGCCUACACUCUGACCAGCAACAUCCCCGAGAUCACCCCCUUCCUCCUCUUCAUCAUCGCCAACAUCCCUCUGCCCCUGGGAACCGUCACCAUCCUCUGUAUUGAUCUGGGAACUGACAUGGUCCCUGCCAUCUCCCUGGCUUAUGAAGCAGCUGAGAGCGACAUCAUGAAGAGACAGCCCAGAAACCCCAAAACAGACAAGCUGGUGAACGAGAGGCUCAUCAGCAUAGCCUAUGGACAAAUCGGUAUGAUCCAGGCUCUGGCAGGCUUCUUCACCUACUUUGUGAUCUUGGCUGAAAACGGCUUCCUGCCGGCCACCCUGGUGGGGAUCAGAGUUUCCUGGGAUAACAAGUACAUCAAUGACCUGGAGGACAGCUACGGACAGCAGUGGACUUACGAGCAGAGGAAGAUCGUGGAGUUCACCUGCCACACGGCCUUCUUUGUCAGCAUCGUCAUCGUGCAGUGGGCUGAUCUGAUCAUCUGCAAGACCAGGAGGAACUCAGUCUUCCAGCAGGGCAUGAAGAACAAGAUCCUGAUCUUUGGACUGUUUGAGGAGACCGCCCUGGCUGCCUUCCUCUCCUACUGCCCAGGCAUGGAUGUUGCCCUCAGAAUGUAUCCUCUUAAGCCCAACUGGUGGUUCUGCGCCUUCCCCUAUUCCCUGCUUAUCUUUAUCUAUGAUGAAAUCCGUAAGCUGAUCCUCAGACGCAGCCCAGGAGGCUGGGUGGAACGGGAGACCUACUACUAAAGACCUGUCAGCCUGUCAGUCCAGUCAGCUCGCAUCUUCUCCUCCACUCCCGUCUUUGCAUGAAUAUUGUCUUGCUGCUCGGAAUAAAAUUUUAACCUCUGUGGAAAAAAAAAUAAAUAAAAAAUUGGAACGUGUUUUUAUAUUAGGGAAUGCUUGAUACUACUCUUAGACAAAUACUGAGAUGGAACAUGCUGAUGAUGAUGCUGAUGAUGAUAUUGAUAAAUGAUAAUGCUAAUAAUGACAUGAACACUGAACAUUGACAUGACUAUGCGUGCCUUGUUUCUGAAACAGGACCAAUUUUAUACAUGUUUUUAACAGUUAUGAACGUUAAAUAAAAAUGCGCUCGAGUCAGGUCCCAAAAA